UUCAAAGUUAUCUAGACUACGCCACUGAGAAAGACCCAUUUCUGAACACUGUGAACCAAAGCUUACAACUUCUGUCUUAUUUAUCGGUCAGUUUGAGAUUGAGAAACCAGAAUGUCUCAACCUGUCAUACCCAUGAACUCUUCAACACUCAUCAUUCAGCUGCAACCAGCAACACAAACAGCACCUGGGACGACGGGAGCUUCACCUCUUCAAGGACUUCAGAAAUUUCUGAAAGGAGAACCGAAAGCCCUUGGGAUGGUCCAGAUAAUGAUCGGUGUGAUGACUUCGCUGUUUGGCAUUGUGUCUACAGUUUAUGCUGAAACCGACUUUGUCUAUAGUGGUAUUCCUUUCUGGGGAUCUCUCAUCUACAUUACCGCAGGCUCACUCUGCAUUGCUGCAGAAAACAAAAUUAAUUCUCCCUCCAGAUUUUGUUUGGUGAAUGCUUCACUGGGAAUGAACAUUUUCAGUACGAUAACCGCAGGCAUUGCCAUUAUUUUACUUUCACUAGAUUUUCUUAUAAGGCGAUACUAUUACUGCAGUGAUUCUUUCUGUCCUUCAGGGGCAAUGUAUAAGACUCUCUUCUAUGGAAUCAGAGGUGUAUUAAUAUUAUUUGCUGUGCUCGAGUUUAUCAUCUCCAUCUGUCUGUCAGCAUUUGCCUGUAAAGCCAGUGCCUACAGUUCUCCUGCUCUGGUGCAGUUUGUGCAGUCCUCUGAUUUAAUACGUUUCCAUGAUCAUAACAGCUCAGAGACACCUGUAGCCAGCAGCUCUUCCAUUCAUCACCAGUCUGCAGACACUCCUCCACAAUACAGUGAAUCCAAAUAAAUAUGAAUAAGUGGGCUGUUACCUUAUGAAACAAAAUAUAUGUGGGAAUGUAUUAGAAAAAUGUAAUGCAAUAUAUUAAAUAAUAUAUAUAUUAUAUAUUAAUAUAUAUAGAUUUUUAUAUAUUGUUAUUUUCAUCUUAUGUUUUUCAACAUAUAUACUGCAUCAUAAUUGUACAUGUAAUAGCUUUAUUAAAACACUCGAUUUCAAUUUAAAAAAUUAAUGCUUAAGUUCACAUCAUAUAGCUGAACGCAAACCUUUCUCUCACUUUAAUGUUUGGAUAGUUACACAUUCAGUAUAAGAAAAUAUCUGUGAUGUAUAAAAGAAAACUGUACUGAAAAUAUAAAUAAAAGUUUUGGACUUUAAGA